GACAACAGUGUCAAAGUUCGGGCUCAGAUCUGGCCUGCCAAACCCUUUUUAAUGGUCCGUAAGUAAUAUAAAUACAGAACUGACAAAUAUCAUGAGGUACACAGCUCAAGCUUCACCUUUUCAGUGGUUCAUAAAUGGAGAUUUUAAUGGUCGGGAAUUCAUCUGGAUUUCCUAAAAACUGAUGGAAGUGAAAGUGAAAGAUGGCAAAGCGGAUGAAUGCUGGGUCAAGUAGAAAAGCAGUGUCUCGUGUGUUGUGGGACGGUGAAGGAGGACAGUUCACGUAUUUUAAACUUAACAACAGAGAGGCCUUAUGCUAGGAAAGGCCUUCAACAAUUAUGUGUAAUAAGGAUGGAGGCAACAAGUAGUUGAAGUCAUGUAAUUUUGUGUGUUUGCAGGCAACACAUACUCACUUCUAAUGCCCCUAAACUAUUUUCAAUGGGACAUCUGCGUCAUGUUGAGAUAUGCGCUGAACAGAAGCUCGGAAAUUCAUGUCACACAAUGUUGUAUUUCCGAAUUGGAAAGUCGGUCACGCAAUUGAUUUAAAGUUGGCUUCCCCUGGUGCUAGCAGCCAGUGGGAGCUAAACUGUGACACACCAAUAUCAAAUUGAGAAAAUGCAUGGAUAUCUUGAGACCAGUAAAGUAAAUACGCUGCUAACAGUUUUUUCAAACAAUACCUUUAUCUCCUUAUCUGACCUCUUAGUCCGCCAUACUUUCCGCAUUUUGGACCGUAUAUUUUUUGCCUGUAUUCUCAAAAAACACGACAGCUUUUGUGUGUGUCACCUUCUUGUCUUCCGUCCUGGAUAAGUAGGAAGCUGUUAUGUCAUUCCCACUUCCAACUGCAGGCAAAUGGGACGCUCCAUAUGUCAUAAGAUAGCGCUCAGUAAGGUUUUGCUCUUGAAACUCAAUUACAGGUCAUUUGGUAUAUAUAUAGCCUAGUCUGUAAUUUGGCCAUGCAAGGUACUAUACAUACCAGAUAACAUGUAAUGUAGAGGUCAAGUAUGGCCCGGGGGCCACAAGUGGCCCUUUAUCUUGUUUAUGUGGCCCACAGUGGCAAAAAAAACCAAAGAUAUUGUAUGUGUAAUUCUCAACUUUUCAAAUUCUAAUUUGGAUUUUUGUAAUGGGUAAUAGUCAAAAUUUCUACGGUGUGGGCUGAAUAAUGGAGGAGCUUAUCUCUUACCUCAAAAGUGAGCAACUGAAAGUUAUAUUUUUUAAAUAUCUUGGGAAAAAGUGCCUUUAUGCCUUAUUGUUUUAUGCAUAUUUGGACAUAUACCCUCUACCAUUAUUUAUUAUUGAUUUACAAUAAGAAUCCUUAGAUAAAACUAGUAAAAUCAAAGAAUAUAUGCAUUAUCAAAUAUCAUAUUUUAAGUAUAUAAUGAACUGGCCCAAUUACACCUUCCUAUUUUCUGAUACUCGAAGUACCACAUUUUUAGUUACAUGUAAUAUUAUUUUUCUUCUGUCUUUCCAUAUUUUGCCCUCACACGAGCCUCAGUAUAUAAGGGGAGACUUCUUUUUGAACAGCAGCCAAUGACUGUGUGUCAACAUGCGAUGGAAGCCAGACUUCAGCGUUUACAAAGGACACAAAACUCCACUUGACAAUUGUCCGUGUGAUGCCCUAGUUGUGUUUUUUCGCAAAUGGACACUUUGGAGCUUAAAAGAUGCCCCAUGAAAAUGACUCAAUUGGCUCAACUGUCCCACUGCAAACACAAGCAUGCCUAUUAAAUAUGCAUGUUGUAAAUUAUAAAUUGUUAUGAAGUAACUUUUUUAAACUUUGACCUUUCUGCAUAUAUUGGACUGAAACUGUUUUGAAUUUGAAACAGAUUUUAUCUUCAUCUAUGAGAUGCACCUGUCAAAUGAGGGCGGUAAACUGUUUUUUUUUUUUUUUAAUUUUGUCUCACAUCAUCUAAAGAUUGUCAAAAUACAAUGCAGCACAGGUGUUUUACAGAUAAGAUUCAGGUUAGAAAAGUGAGUGAAUAUGCUGGCAAACAAAAGGAAGUGAACAAAGGCGACAGGUUGGAGCUAAAAGCGUCAUCGUCUAUAAAGCAAAAGCGGCCAGAAUGUAUUUAUGUAUUUUGUCUUUCAAGUCAUUCUUUGCAGUUUUUAUCAGUUUCAUUCCCACUGUCUGGAAAGCAGCGCUCUCUCAAAGGUCUCCCCAAGUCCCUCACCACAUUAGUUAACUUCCACCAAAAACUCCCAAAAGACCCCCUCCGUGCUGGAGCUCCAAUCCCCAAUAAAAUGGGGGAUUUUGAAUCAGAUGUUUCCUUAUCGGUCCAGACGAUAAUUAUCAGAGGUUCUCCAUCAAUUAUUCAGUGUUUGCAGAAAUGUCUGCCCUUGAAAAAGUUUGGUGCUAGAAUGCCAAUGAGUCCUGUGCUGUUGAAGGUGGUCGGGGAGUGGCGUUUCAGCCUCAUCCACUGUGACAUCCUGCUCACUCUGGACGUCAUGAUGUGCACCGCCAGCAUCCUCAACCUCUGCGCCAUCAGCAUCGACAGGUACACAGCAGUGGCGAUGCCGAUGCUGUACAACACCAGAUACAGCUCCAGGAGGAGAGUGGCGGUGAUGAUCGCUGCAGUCUGGUUCCUGUCUUUUGCCAUUUCCUGCCCGCUGCUGUUUGGACUCAACAACCGCGCGAGCCAAAACAGGACCACGUGCAGUUUUGCAGACCCUUCUUUUGUCGUCUACUCAUCGAUAGCCUCCUUCUACGUGCCCUUCAUCGUCACCCUGCUGGUGUACGCGCAGAUCUGCGUGGUGCUGCGGCGACGAGGCAGGCGCACUGCACCGCCUCGUAAACACGCCGCUCACGGAGGUCCAGAAGCGAGAGAGAGUCACCGACACAGGAGGAGCAAGUGCUCGCAGCCUGAGGAAGUCAAGUUGUGUGCUCUGAUCCUGAGACCUGCUACCGCUGCUCCACAGCGCAAGAAAGUGGUGUGUUGGAGUGAGAUGCAGACACAAGUGGCCUCUCAGGACACCCUGGUGAAGGAGGCGGUGGUCCAUCCCCUGGAGGUCGAGCCGGGUCGGUUUCUUCCCCAAAUGGAGCAAAGCCUGGCGCCGGCUCCCCAAGCGUCGCCCCCUGCUGGACGGGCUCAGAUCUCUUUAUCUAUAUCAGUGGGACCAGCUCCAGCUCAACCCCCAGCCAGAACCCGUUCGGCACUAACGCCACGUCUCGCUACCCAGGAGGACGGCAUGAGGGGUCGAGAGAGCUGGCGGGAAGUCAACAGAGGCCGAGAAAAGUGGGGGACAACUAAGGAGAGAAUUAGAGGAAGACUGUCGCAGCAGAAGGAGAGGAAGGCCACGCAGAUGCUCGCCAUUGUUCUGGGUGUGUUCAUCAUCUGCUGGCUCCCCUUCUUCCUGACCCACGUGCUGAAGGCUCACUGCGCCAGCUGCUGCAUCUCCCCGUCGCUCUACAGCGCCGUCACCUGGCUGGGUUACCUCAACAGCGCGGUCAACCCCGUCAUCUACACCACCUUCAACAUUGAGUUUCGAAAGGCCUUUAUCAAGAUUCUGCAUUGCUGAGAGAGGACAAUGAAGGGAACACCGGGAGAGCAGCCGGUGAAUGUAACUGCAGCUGACAGAUGGGCUGUAAAAGUGUGGUCGGGGAAUGCUCUCAAACAUGGUGCAGAGAUGUUGCAGAGAUGAACACUUAAAUCGCGCCCUGCGGAAUCUUCCUCCGCAUCUCGAGAGAGAUGCAGAGCUAGCUGUACUCCAGCAGCUUCUUGUUUUUCCCAGGCACUUGUUUUCUGAUUCCAAACUUUGGAUAGAUUUGAAUGUAGUAACUCAAGAUUUUUUUCUCUUUAUGAACACACCUGAGUCACUGUGCAGUAUGUGUCCUGUAUGGG